UUUCCCUCGCUUUACACUCCUGAGAUGAUGCGAGUUACUGCACCAAUUAUGGCACUUAAAAGGACCAGAAGCUACCUGAGCUGCUUUAUAAGCGCGAGCUGCGCGCUUCACCUCACGCAGACAGCAGGGUGACCAUACACAACCUUGAACCGCAAAUUCUCUUCACCUGCAGACACCUGGGAAUUUUAUUUUUCCUUGAAAUUUUUAUGCACAGUGUUUUUUUUCCUCCUCGUGUUAUUUUGUAAUCUUCUCCUGAGCAAGAUGCGCGCUCUUGGUUUGGCCACGUUCGUGGCUCUGGCUGCUUGUCUGUGCGCGCUCCCGCGGCACUUCAGCCAGGACCUUUCCAAGCGCGCGCCGGCUUCAGAUCUCGAGCUCUCCGGUAACGGAGCAGACGAACCGGUCAGGGGAUCAGUAAGAGUGGUGAAAGUGAGUCCGCACUUCCUGCGACAUUCCCCGGGUCUGCUCGGGAAACCCGCACUAAAGCGGGGCCCGUUUCCAGCCUUCUUGGCGCUGGGUCGCCCCGGGCCUUCUGCGCACGCGCGCGCACCCGCAGCAUCACUCCCGCACCUGAGCGCGAGCUACACCGGCGCCGACGCCAGGAAGAGACAAGGCCUGGAGAUGUGGCAGAGGGUGAUGCAGAAAAGCGAGCAGAGCAAAGAGGUCCUGUCCCUGCCAUUUAACUCCAAAGAUGCGGGAACGCAGAGCUGUGCGGCGCUGCCUUUCACGCAGCGGAUAACCGAGGAGGGCUGUGAGCCUAUAACCAUACACAAUAAGCUGUGUUUCGGUCAGUGCAGCUCCAUGUUCGUGCCCCCUAACGGAGGAUCCAGCAUGCACCGCGGCGGCCCGUCUUGCUCGCGCUGCGGCCCGUCCAGAGCGCGCACCGUGCACGUGCCCAUGCGCUGCGGCUCGCAGGUCCGAGAAAAGCGCGUGAUGCUGGUGGAGGAGUGCAAGUGCGAAACCGGGAGAGAGGAAGAGAAAUCUGAUAACAUGGCCAUGCAUUUAUAACCCGCACUGCCAAAGAGUGUGUGUGUGUGUGUGUGUGUGUGUGUGAUGACAAGAGCGCUUAUUCGCAGAAUUCUACCUGAGAACCACAUCAAGUUCUUUAAUCACUUUUGUUAGUUUGAUUUUCCAAACUGAAACUUUAUCCAGACAACCGUUUGAUUAUUCCAGCGGAAUAUGUUGUCAGUGUAUUGGACAUGUCAUUACAUGCUUUUACCGAGUGAUGUCGCUGUUGCACGACGAUUCUGUAGCUGACACAAUAACUGGUUUUAAGUUAUAAAGCAAGAUAGUUUUCUUUACACUGAAGUCUGUCGUGUU